AUGAAGGACGACCAAGACCGCCGUCGAGAACGGCCGGAUCGACGAAUCCCUAUGGAAUUUAACAUAUUCGAUUCCGGGAUUGCAGAGAUCGUGGACAAGCCGUUGUUUUGUCUGAGCAACGACGAUGAGCCUUCCGAGAACCAUGUGGGCAUCAAUCUUCACGCGGGCCCCUUCGAUUUGCACCCAAAAAUCGCCAAUCUUACCCAUCGCACCGUGGUGCGCCCGGGCUGGGAAACGGUCAAGACGAUGGAGGUCGUUCUGUUCGAAACACAAGGGAGGAAGGGGACUGAAAAGGUCGUUUUGGAACAACAGAGGCCAACCGGCGGCAUUUGGGACCUGUUCGGCCGGCUGCUGUGGUGGCGAGCCUCUGCCAUCCGCUGGGUGUUCACCAUGCAAUUUCCUCUCCAGGACAGACUGUUGGACGUCGACUUUGAGUGGCGACACAGUCGGGGCAUCAAGAUACGGAGGCUGAGGGGCGCGGACGGGUGGAUGCUAUGGAGGAAGCGAACACCAGACGAGGUGAGAAAGAUGGUCAACGACGGCGACGAGCUGCUGGCCCUGGUGUCGCGGGGCGCAAGAUCGGACCUGGGCACCAGGUUCGAGUUCGCCAACUCGGCCGCGCGCGGGGACUGGGGCGACCGGUUUUCCGUCGUGGCGCUCAUGUCCGGCAUCGGCGUGAUCUUGGCCGAGAAGAAGUCGCUGGGGGACUGCGUCGACGCUCUUGAGAUGACGGCGCGGCGUCGGUCGAUGUUGAUGAGAGCCGCACUGGCGGAGAAGCAGGCGCGGGACGCCAGGGACUGGCUGGACACGAUGGAGCUGAUGGAGGAGCGGAAGACAGACGAGCUGAGUCGGCCCAGGUCCAGCCAGUUCGAUCGCGUCCGGACGUGGAGGGAGCAGCAGGCGUCCAACAAGUCCGGGUCCUCCGGGACGCCGCGACUUGAUCAGGGCAUAUCGGGGGUACGAGGAGAGAUCCGGCUGCCAUCCAACACGCGAAGGCCGGCCACGACGCCUCGGCCGCUGUCGACGACGACACGGAACACGGCGUUGACGUCAGGACGACGGACAGCCUCGAACCGCAGCCGCCGAUACGAGCAGGAGAGCGAUCGUUUUGUGAGGAGUCAGGGCGGCCCCCAGAUUGACUGA